AUGAUAUUUAUAAUCUUAUUAAAUUACACUGUCAUUAUGUUACCAAUUAUACACGCCAACAACACAACUAGCGGUAUGUAUUAUAAUUUAAGUCAAGUUGGGGAUAAAGAAAUUACCACACAAAACGAUUUUAUUCACCAACCACAAUACAAUUAUUAUAACCCAACAAACUUAAUACAAAAUGGUUAUUUUAACAAUACACAAUUGUUUACCAAUCACUAUUAUCCGUACUAUAUUUCUCCAAACUAUAUAAGUGAUAAUUCAAAUUGUCACAGAGAGUUUAACCAACAACAUUGUUUGUCAAUUCAAAAUUUAAAUAAUCCUUCAAAUAUAUUACCAAAUUACAAUUGUCCUAAUAAUUUGUUUUCGACAACACAAAUUGAGUCUCAUGUUGAAAAAACUGUAAACACAUCGAACGUUCAAUUUACAAAAACAAAAAUGCCUAUCAUAAUAAAUACUUUACAACAUAGAAAAGACUGCAAAGUUAUUACUAGAAAAGAUCAACACGAAAUAGAAACCGAAAAAAAUAUAAUAUACGAUCAAGUGUUUACAAAUAUUACUCAAAUAAAAAGUCGUAAAAUUUCUAAAAAUG